UAUAAAUUUACAGGCAUGCAGUUCUUAUACUCAGUUUCUGUAUCUGGAUUCAGAGCAGCUGGCUUUAAAAUGGAUCUCCGGGUCAGCAGUGCAUUCUUCUUGAUCUGCUGCUAUUGCCUCUGGGAUGCAGAAGCCCGAAGUUUUAAUUCUGUCCUCACAGUCACAAAUGGAGGACCAUGGGGUAGUUGGGGGGAGAUCCAGUUUUGUCCCAAUGGAUAUGCUCAUGGCUUCUCACUGAAGGUAGAGGGAUCACAGGGCAAAGGUGAUGAUACAGCCCUGAAUGGAAUCCGCCUGUACUGUACUGACGGCUCUGUGAUUGAGUCUACAGUUGCACCGUGGGGGAGUUGGACGGGAAUUCAGUAUUGCCCCAAAGGGAACCUGGUCUCUUUCUCUUUGAGAGUGGAAGGGCACCAAGGGCAAGGGGAUGACACAGCAGCCAACAAUAUCCAGUUUACCUGUGAAGACGGAACUGCACUCAUGGGCCAGGGAGCGUACUGGGGUAGUUUUGGUGGAUGGAGCCGUCGCUGCGUUUCUGGGUUCGUAUGUGGGAUCCAAACAAAGGUGGAAGGUCACCAAGGGCGUGGCGAUGACACAGCACUUAAUGAUGCAAAACUCUUCUGUUGUGACCCAACCAUGGAUAUUCAAAGUCUUUUCAAAUGAAUACUGUGCUUCUGUAUAUGUGUUUGUAGAGAGAAACGAUGUAUCUUGUAAAACUGUUUUCCUGAAUGUUUUGUCUACUCAUCUCCGUUGGAACGCUUCCUUUUUCUGUAGAACAGAUAACCUUAUUAGUUUGUUUGCUAGGAUUUCAGGUAAAAACAAAACAAUAAUAAUAAAAAAGAAGACAAAAACGUUCUGGCACAUUAAAGGCUAACUGCUAUAUUUUAAUGUGAGCUUUCAUGGACAAUUUCACUUCUUCAGAAAGACAAACAAAUGAAACUGACCAGAGAAAUUGACAACAUUGGGAGCUUAUUCACUUCGCAGAGGAGAAUCUCAAAAUGCACAACACAGAAUUGAUAAAAAAAACAUUUUUAAUAUAAAACUGUUUCCCUUUUAAAGCUACAGAUCUCUUAUAUAGAAUGCUAAUACUGUAUAAAAUUGUACAUUUUAAUAUCAUUAAAUUCAUGGAGUCUUCCUGGAAAAGGUGUCUAAUAAAUUGAAAUAAUAAUAGGAAUAAAAUAAUAUUAAUUGUU